AUGGCGUCUUCGUCGCUGGACGACGAGAUAUUCCAGCAAUUGAGGCAGCCAAUAGACCCAAAAGUGCUGGAGCAGCGAGAAAAGGAAAUCAACGAGCGCAUACAUGCCUCCUAUGAGAAGGCAGAGAAGCGCCAACAGGAAAUUAUCUCUCUCAAUUCUACGGCGCCGGUGACCAUCUCCUCCAUCCGUGUCCUCCAUGCGGAACACACACGACAUGGCUUCCUGAAACGCAUCUUCGAUCCACUCCUCUCUCACAAUCGGCAAAACGAAGCAUACUACACCCUUCGUGAGGCUCUCACCGAAGUCAGCAAGGCAGUCGAUCAGCUCAACAGAUUAGACAUCUUCCAGCACCCCAUUUCCACCUACAUUGACAAGGCCGAGCCAACAGACCCUUCUACUACGCCAACCGAUUAUGCAGUCUUUGUCAGCGCUAAAGAGAGAGGGCGGUACACAAUCAAGACUGGUACCGAGGCUGGUACAGCAGAGGGAAGUGCAUACGUCCAGGCUACAUUAAGAAACAUAUUUGGUGGAGGAGAACGUCUAAAUGGAAAUGCGAGCUUAGGCACGAGGACAAGAGAAACGUACAGCGCUACCUUCGACGCACCCAUACUGUCCAAUCCUGACCUGAGGUGGGAAAUAGGAGGAUUGAAGAGCAGCACAGUGAAGCCGUGGGCAUCGCACGAGGAAGUCCUUCGCGGAGGUCAGACGAGGCUACUAUGGCGGACAUCACCAUUCAGCAAACACGAUUUUGCCUACUCUGGUUUUUGGAGACAGGUCACAGCGUUGGCAGAAAAGGCUUCACCUACCAUCCGCGCCGAUGCUGGCGACAGUUUCAAGUCCAGCAUAUCACAUACAUGGACGCGCGACUCACGAGACAUCCCCAUGCUACCGUCCAGAGGACUGCUAUUCAAGACUGUGUCUGAGAUUGCAGGUUUUGGGCCACUGAAGGGAGACGUCGCAUUCGGCAAAUUCGAAGCUGAAUCCCAAGCUGCUCUUCCAUUUCCAAUUCCCGGCAUCAAAGGUGACAGCGGCAUUUCCUUCACCGCCGGCUUAAGAGGAGGCUUCUUAGCGCCCUUGCCACUGGGAGACCUGAACAUUCCCUCACAAAGCAGGAUCAACGAUCGAUUCCAGCUUGGUGGACCCACCGAUGUGCGUGGUUUCCGUCUUUCGGGACUUGGACCUCGUGACGGCCAAGAUGCCGCUGGUGGUGAUGUUUACGCGGCAGGCGGCGCCUCUCUUCUCUUUCCACUACCCAUGGUCGGUAAAGACACGCCACUUCGAUUACAGGCUUUCGUAAAUGGCGGCAGAUUACUUGCACUCAAGGAUACGCGAUCAGGGGAGAGCAGAGAGCAACCAAUGUCGAUGGGCGAUGUCAGCGACAGCCUUGUGAAGACAAUUAGCGACAUCACAAAUGGCCCGCCAAGCGCGGCUGCUGGCUUUGGGCUGGUGUAUGCUCAUCCAGCGGCAAGAGUUGAGGUGAACUUCAGUUUACCUCUAAUCAUUCGCAAAGGAGAAGAGGGCCGAAAAGGCUUGAGCUUCGGUAUCGGGCUCGACUUCAUGUAG